UAAAGUGGAGCGGAGCCUGGGAAUUUUCCGAUAAUGCAAUCGAAAAGAAAAAAUUAAAGAUGGCGGACGGAACGAACAGAACGAAUGGUACCUCAAGCUUCGACUUUCCAAAGUUCACUUACGACAAAAAAGACUUCGUUAUGGAUUGCCAGUCGUGGAAAGUUAAGCCUCAGAACUUCAAGUUGAGCAAAUUUGACAAUUUGCUAAGGACAUCCUGGACACAAGCCAUGGCUGAUGGGUGUUUUAAGUAUACUCUGGACAGUAUGGAGACCAAGCUGGUUCCUGGAAAAUUUGGUGUUGUGGCUCAGCUAAAUGAAAAGCGGUUUGUGGAGAGAAGAAAACCACAGCAGAUAACCAGUGUGUCACAACCAUAUGAUCCGGGUAAAUUCAACUUUACCAAAGUGCAGGAUAAAGAGAUUUUGUUUGAAGUUUGUCCAAGUGACCAAAACUCCAGUCCUCCAAAUUAUAUGAUAAUAAAUGUCAGUCCUCUAGAGUUUGGAAACUGUUUGCUGGUUCCAAGUGUGUUUGACCAAACUCCACAGAUUCUAACAGUUGAUUCACUCAAGCUAGCUUUUGACAUUGCAUUUCUCAGCUCUCACAGGGGUUUUCACAUUGGAUAUAACAGUCUUUGUGCCUUUGCGUCAGUCAACCAUCUGCAUUUCCAUGUCUGGUAUUUGGACUACCCUAGUCCUCUAGAAACUCUACCUACAAAGCAUGUCCACAAAGAUAUGUAUGAGGUCACAAAUUUCCCAACUAAAAUAUUUGUAUUUUACCUGAGUUCUGCUGCGGAUGUAGAGAGGAUUGCCAGGCAGGUGCAUGCCGUUACCUCAUAUUUUGUGUCCAAUGAGAUUGCGCACAACUUGUCUAUAUGUAGAGGCUUGGGACAAGGGUCUGAUGCUGACUCGUCCGCAGUUAGGGUUUAUUUAUGGCCUAGGAAGCCUGUUAUAGGUGCUAAAGAUGAGACAGGGUUCAAUAUUGCUGUAUGUGAGAUGGGGGGACAUCUACCUAUUAGAACUCGUACAUUCUUCGAAAGCAUCACGGAACAAGACUUCAUAGAUCAACUAAAGAGUGUCACCCUGGAAGAGCAGGAAUUCCACAGACUUAAGGAGCAUAUCACCCAUCUUUUAUGACGAAAAUUUUACACCGGAUUCUUCGCGGAAAUGGUUAGAACAGAUAUUCACUUGUAUAUUUAUUCGAAACUUAGAAUGUAAGGCACUACCCACCUUUUUUUAUUCACUGCUUCAUUCGAUGCGGUAUCAGUACAUCGAGAAAAUCAAUUCAUUGAAUUCAAACCAAUGAGAUUUUAGGUUACUUUUUACUGCAGUUUUAAAUGUUCUGUGAAUUUUCACUAGUACUUACCAUUGUGCACCAGUGGUAGCCCUUUCAAAGCUAGUAUCUUUUAAGAUACUAUUUAGUGCUACCCGCAUAAAGUAAUCUCGAUAAGUAAGGAAGUACUGAAUUAAGCCCUUACUUUGUACAAAGUUAGCUGUUAACUUUUUUUUUGGGGGGGGGGGGGAGGGGGGGCUAAUAAGUUACCGUUUCAGACAGAUAUCUGAUGUUAAUUAUGUAUGUUAAACGGGUGUUUAUCAGUUCCGCUACAGUUAACAACAAGCUUUGUAUUUGUCAAAGUAUAGUAUAUGUAUGUUACGAUUUUCAUGGUCGAAUUUCAGGGUGAAAUAAAUCCUAAAAUAAUUCUU